AUGAUGCACCCGCUAUUGAUUGGUGUGGCAUGCCUGCCACUGUUGUUCCGUCUUGUGCCCAUGAUUGUACCCGAACACUAUCUCGAGCCGUACGCGUACUGGAAUGCCGGAACACUGAAUGAACAAGACGGGAAGAUAGAGACGUACUGGAGGAACAUGGGAUACUGGGAUGGCAUCGACUCAUAUUCAGAAGCUGCCGGGACGUUGGCACGAAAGCUGUUGGAAUUCGCAGAUGCUGAGCCCGGCGGUGCUAUUCUAGACAUUGCGCAUGGAGCCGGGGAAUCCCUUUCGAUGCACCUCAAUUCGUCCCGCCCCCCUUCGCAUCUCGACGCAUUGACUUCUCUGCCAUCUGAAUCACGCUUCGCCAAAGACCUGAUCGCCCACAGGCAUCCGAAUAUGGAGACAGUGACGAACUUUUUCACUUCUUCGGCGUCAUAUCGCCCGGGCAAAGAUCUUCAACAUCCAUUGAACCCCAUGAGAGGUUUCAUGGGAGAUCGUCGACCAUCAGAUGAAGGCCUAGAACCCUUGGCCCCGCCAUAUCAUCUGGUCUACAUCCUAGAUGCCAUCUACCACUUCCGACCCUCCACAGCUCACUUUUUGUCUCAUGUCAUACAUGUCCUUAAACCAUCCGGAGUCAUCGCCUUCACCGACAUCCUUCCCCCUUCCAAUCUGAGUCCGUUCCUCGGCCAUUUGAUCCUCCCACCUCUUCUAUCCGUUCCCGCUCGAAAUCUGGUGUCAAAGACCAGGACAGUGGAAGGAUAUCACGAGCUCAUGCAAAAGAUAGGCUACAAGAACGUCAAAAUAGAAGAUUGGAGUGAUCAUGUCUUCCCCGGAUUGGCAAAUCAUCUACGUUCACGCGGAAGGCUCUGGACGUUAGUUGCUAAGGGCAUAGAAUGGGCAGAGCGUGGGGGAUGGAAGUUCGUGGCUGUAAGAGCCUCACGGUCAGCUGUGGAUCAUAGACUUUCGCAGGACUGA